UCCCCGCCCUCAACUACUCCUUUCUCACUGCCUAGAUACAAAAGGCCUGAGACUAAAUCAAGGGCUUGGCAUUAUGCCACAGGCAAAAUUCAGUGCUUACUACUGAACUGGGCAGUGAAUCCUGGAACUGCUGGGGUGCAGCAUGUGCCAGGAGGUAGGAAAGUGGACAGUUUAGUGCCUGCAUGCAGGACUAGAUUGGGAUCUGAGGUUUGCAUUCUUCCUCAGACCCAUUCUGGGUGGAAGGUGGACUGUAGUGUUGUUAAUCAGAUGCCCUGUCAUUUGAUCUAAAUGAUGGGAAUCAGUAGUUGGUACUGACUGCUACUAGUAAGAGUUCAGGGGCAAAGAAGAGGCUGUGCAUGUGGAAGUAAUGCCUUGAGUCAAACCGCAGGACAGAAAAUUGGAACAGAAUUACAUAAAUCAAGGUCAAAAAUUUCCUGUCCAGCCCACGGGGUGGAGUUUGCUCCAUUCCUCUCCAUCCUAGUGAAUAUAAACCUGACUUGAUGUCGGUAACUGGAAGGAGCAGCUGGUAGGACUCUGAUUUCAGCUCUCAGCAUCCACCAUGAAUCUCAAGAUAGUCUUGGCGUUCCUGGCACUGUCCCUCAUUACCAUCUUUGCCCUGGCCUAUGUCUUGCUGACCAGCCAAGGUGGUUCCAGCCAGCCUCCCCGCUGCCCCUCUGUAUCCCACAGGGCCCAGCCCAGGUCACACCCUGGCCAGAGCCAGCUGUUUGCAGACCUGAGCAGAGAGGAGCUGACGGCUGUGAUGAACUUUCUGACCAAGCAGCUGGGGCCACGGCUGGUGGAUGCAGACCAGGCCCAGUCUUCGGACAACUGUGUCUUCUCAGUAGAGCUGCAGCUGCCCCCCAAGGCUGCAGCCCUGGCCCACCUGGACAGGGGGAUCUCCCCACCUGCCCGGGAGGCUCUGGCCAUCAUUUUAUUUGGUGGACAACCCCAGCCCAAUGUGAGUGAGCUGGUGGUGGGGCCGCUGCCUCACCCCUCCUACAUGCGGGACGUGACCGUGGAGCGUCAUGGAGGCCCCCUGCCCUAUCACCGACGCCCCAUGCUGAGAACCGAGUUUACCCAAAUGUGGAGGCAUUUGAAAGAGGUCGAGCUACCCAAGGCACCCAUCUUCCUGGCUUCUGUCUUCAACUACAACGGCUCUACUUUGAUACCUCUGCAUGCCACCCCUCGUGGCUUACGCUCAGGGGACCGAGCUACCUGGAUAGCUCUCUACCAUAACAUCUCAGGUGUUGGUAUUUUCCUUCACCCUGUGGGGCUGGAGCUACUGCUAGACCACAGGGCCCUGGACCCUGCCCACUGGGCUGUCCAACAGGUCUUCUAUCUUGGGCACUACUAUGCAGACUUGGGCCAAUUGGAAUGGGAGUUUAAGGCUGGCCGGCUGGAAGUGGUUAGAGUCCCUCUACCCUCACCAAAUGGGGCUUCAUCCCUGAGGUCCCGUAUCACCCCAGGUCCUCUUCCCCCUCUUCAGUUCUCACCCCAGGGUUCCCAAUACAGUGUACAAGGGAACCUGGUGGUGUCCUCCCUCUGGAUGUUUACCUUUGGCCAUGGGGUGUUCAGUGGCAUGAGGCUUUUUGAUAUUCGGUUCAAGGGCGAGCGAGUGGCCUAUGAAAUCAGUGUCCAGGAGUGUCUGUCUGUCUAUGGUGCCGAUUCACCCAAGACGAUGGUAACUCGGUAUUUGGAUAGCAGCUAUGGGCUUGGCCGUAAUAGCCGAGGCUUGGUGCGGGGAGUGGACUGCCCCUAUCAAGCCACGAUGGUGGACAUCCAUAUAUUAGUGGGCAAAGGGGCAAUCCAACUGCUUCCAGGGGCUGUGUGUGUAUUUGAGGAGGCCCAGGGACUGCCUCUUCGAAGGCACCACAAUUACAUUGGGAGUCAUUUCUACGGGGGUUUGGCCAGCUCAGCCCUUGUGGUCAGGUCUGUGUCAUCUGUGGGUAACUAUGACUACAUUUGGGACUUUGUGUUGCACCCAAAUGGGGCACUUGAAGGGCGGGUCCAUGCUACGGGCUAUGUCAACACAGCUUUCCUGAGUGGGGGAGAGGACAGCCUCCUCUUUGGGAACCGUGUAGGGGAACGUGUGCUAGGGGCAGUGCACACCCACGCCUUCCACUUCAAGCUGGACCUGGAUGUGGCAGGGCUGAAAAACUGGGUGGUAGCCGAAGAUGUGGUGUUUAAACCUGUGGCCGCCCCCUGGAGCCCAGAGCACCGGCUGCAGCGCCCACAGCUGACUCGGCAGGUUCUGGCAAGAGAAGACCUGACAGCUUUUUCCUUGGGAAGCCCCCUUCCCCGCUACCUUUACCUGGCUGGCAACCAGACUAACGCCUGGGGUCACCAGCGUGGGUACCGAAUCCAGAUCCACAGCCCCCUCGGCGUACACAUGCCCUUGGAGAGCGACAUGGAGAGGGCCCUUAGCUGGGGGAGGUAUCAGCUCGUGGUAACCCAGAGGAAGGAGGAGGAGUCGCAGAGCAGCAGCAUCUAUUACCAGAAUGACAUCUGGACACCCACUGUGGCCUUCGCUGACUUCAUCAACAAUGAAACCCUCUUAGGAGAGGAUCUGGUGGCUUGGGUUACAGCCAGCUUCCUGCACAUUCCCCAUGCUGAGGACAUCCCCAACACCGUGACUCUGGGGAACAGAGUUGGCUUCUUGCUCCGGCCCUAUAACUUCUUUGAUGAGGACCCUUCCAUCUUUUCCCCUGGUAGCGUCUACUUUGAGAGGGGCCAGGAUACUGGGCUCUGCAGUGUCAACCCUGUGGCCUGCCUACCCCACCUGGCAGCCUGUGUCCCAGACUUGCCCCCUUUCUCUUACCAAGGCUUCUAACCCUGGUUGGGGAGUGGAGAGGGUUAGACAUAUGUACCUUCCUCUCUGUUUCCACUUUCUGUUCCCCGUCUUUUUUAUUUUUUAGACAGGGUCUUGUUCUGUCACCCAGGAUGGAGUGCAGUGGUGUCAUCAU